AAAUCUCGCAGCUCGAGAUUUAACGAGAGGAAAAUAGCUUCGCCGAUUUUGUUCUAACAAUGGUGGAUACAUUUUAGAUAAUUUGCAGAAAAUGAUGCAACCACAGCAUGGACAGCAUAGAUAUCCUCAACCGGGACCACCUGUCAGACCAUUCCAACAGCCGGGAUACCCAGGGGGGCCUCCAAGACCUGGUGGUUAUGGACCUGGGCCACAAAUGGGACCUGGGGGGCCAAGGAUGAUGAGUCAUGGGGCAAUGCCACCACACCCAUAUGCAGGAGGAUCCCCCAGUUCUAAGGCGGCUCGGUCUGAGAAAUCCAAGGAGAGCUCGGCUCGUGAUAAGGGUAAAGAAACAUUAGCUGCGAUGCGCCCUGGGAUGUCCCCUGGCAUGCCUCCCCCACCCCACGGGAUGCAGACCCCCCAUGCGAUGGACAGGAAACGCCCACCAGACCCCAGAGGAACCCCACAACAAAUGAAACAAGCAAAGAAGAAAAAGAAAGUAGCAGACAAGAUUCUUCCACAGAGGGUGAGGGAUCUUGUCCCAGAAUCUCAGGCCUACAUGGAUCUGCUGGCGUUUGAGAGGAAGCUGGAUGCUACGAUUAUGAGAAAAAGACUGGAUAUACAAGAAGCUCUGAAACGCCCCAUGAAGCAAAAGAGAAAAUUACGAAUUUUCAUUUCCAAUACAUUUUACCCUGCAAAAGCCGAAGGGGAGGACGGAGAUGAGACUGUUGCAUCCUGGGAACUCAGAGUGGAAGGGAGGCUACUAGAAGAUGCAGCCAGUGCUAAAUUGAAUGAUACCAGUAAAAUGAAGAGGAAGUUCUCCUCCUUCUUUAAGAGCCUGGUGAUAGAGCUAGACAAGGAACUGUAUGGUCCAGAUAACCAUCUGGUAGAGUGGCACAGGACACCUACAACACAGGAGACAGAUGGAUUCCAGGUCAAACGUCCAGGUGACCAGAAUGUCAAAUGCACUGUCCUGUUGAUGCUUGACUAUCAGCCACCUCAGUUUAAGUUGGACCCCCGUUUGGCUCGUAUCCUGGGGGUGCACACCCAGACUCGCCCGGUCAUUAUCAAUGCCCUGUGGCAGUACAUCAAAACACACAGUCUACAGGAUCAUCAUGAGAGAGAGUACAUCAACUGUGACAAGUACCUAGAACAGAUUUUCGAGUGUAAGAGAAUGAAGUUUGCCGAGAUACCAGGGAAGCUCCACAGUCUGUUGAUGCCACCAGACCCAAUAGUCAUCAACCAUGUCAUAACUGUUGAGGGUCCAGAUGCCAGAAAGACAGCUUGUUAUGAUAUCGAUGUAGAAGUGGAUGAUACAUUAAAACAACAGAUGAAUUCCUUCCUCCUGUCUACUGCAAGCCAACAUGAGAUAGGCUCACUCGAUUCUAAGAUACAUGAAACAGUGGAAACCAUUAACCAGCUGAAAACCAACAGAGAAUUCUUCUUAAGUUUUGCCAAGGAUCCGCAGGAGUUUAUAAACAACUGGUUAAUUUCACAAUCUAGAGAUCUGAAGACAAUGACGGACGUAGUAGGUAACCCCGAGGAAGAGCGACGGGCGGACUACUACUACCAGCCCUGGUCACAAGAGGCCGUCUGUAGAUACUUCUACGGCAAGGUCCAGCAGAGAAGAAUGGAACUGGAACAGGCUCUUGGAAUACGCAAUACGUGAGGCCUUAUUCUAGUGAUACGCAAUAAAGGAGACCUCAUUGUAAUGAUGACUUUACUAUAAAGAAUGGAAGAGAAUUUGCAAUAUGUGAGGACUCAUUAGUGUAGAGUACAGAAUACAUUGUGUAUACUUGUGUAUUGCUCACAAGGUACGGAGAAAAUGCAUAAGGUGCUCAUGUUUUAGGAGCAGAUUGGAAUCUAUUUUUGUGGUUAUAAGGACUGU